CCGCCGGGCAGCCGCGGCGCGCCUCUCCCUCCGAGCGUCUCGCAGGCGCCUCCCCCGCCGACCGGGUCGCAUCCUUCCCGCGGUGGGUUAAGAAGCUCCCCCCUCCGCAGAGCAGAGACUCAUUUUUUUUCCUCCUCGGGAGGGUGUCGCCACCUGGAUUGCCAAGUGUGAGGGGUCCGGGAGGCGGGGACCGGAGCACCGUGACCCGCCAUGGCUCAGGCGGCCAAACAGCUGAAGAAAAUCAAAGACAUCGAGGCGCAGGCCCUCCAGGAGCAGAAGGAGAAGGAGGAAUCCAACAAGAAGCGGAGGAACCGCUCCCGUGACCGAAAGAAGAAGGCCGACGCUGCUACCAGCUUUCUGAGGGCGGCAAGAUCAGGUAACUUGGACAAAGCUUUGGAUCACCUGCGGAAUGGCGUAGACAUUAACACCUGUAACCAGAAUGGGCUGAACGGCUUGCACCUGGCCUCUAAAGAAGGCCACGUGAAGAUGGUGGUUGAACUUCUGCACAAAGAAAUCAUUCUAGAAACGACAACCAAGAAAGGGAACACAGCUCUGCACAUCGCCGCCCUCGCUGGUCAGGAUGAGGUGGUCCGGGAGCUGGUCAACUAUGGCGCCAAUGUCAACGCCCAGUCACAGAAAGGCUUUACACCCCUGUACAUGGCAGCACAAGAGAAUCACUUGGAAGUGGUUAAGUUUUUACUGGAAAAUGGAGCUAAUCAGAAUGUAGCCACAGAAGACGGCUUCACACCUCUUGCGGUGGCUCUGCAGCAGGGCCAUGAGAAUGUGGUGGCCCACCUCAUCAACUAUGGGACGAAGGGGAAAGUGCGCCUACCCGCCCUACACAUCGCGGCUCGCAACGAUGACACACGGACGGCUGCGGUCUUGCUGCAGAAUGACCCCAACCCAGAUGUGCUUUCCAAGACGGGAUUCACCCCCCUCCACAUCGCAGCUCACUACGAGAACCUCAACGUGGCCCAGUUGCUCCUCAACAGGGGUGCCAGCGUCAACUUCACGCCCCAGAACGGCAUCACGCCACUGCACAUCGCCUCCCGCAGAGGGAACGUGAUCAUGGUGCGGCUCCUGCUGGACCGGGGGGCCCAGAUAGAAACAAGGACCAAGGAUGAAUUGACACCUCUCCACUGUGCAGCUCGGAAUGGGCACGUGCGAAUCUCAGAGAUCCUGCUGGACCACGGGGCACCCAUCCAAGCCAAAACCAAGAACGGCUUAUCCCCCAUUCACAUGGCGGCUCAGGGAGACCACCUUGACUGUGUCCGACUUCUAUUGCAAUACAACGCAGAGAUAGAUGACAUCACCCUGGACCAUCUGACCCCCCUCCACGUGGCAGCCCACUGCGGCCAUCACAGAGUAGCCAAGGUCCUUUUGGAUAAAGGAGCCAAACCAAAUUCCAGAGCCCUGAAUGGCUUCACCCCCUUACAUAUCGCCUGCAAGAAGAACCACAUCCGUGUCAUGGAUCUGCUGCUGAAGACGGGGGCCUCCAUUGAUGCUGUUACUGAGUCUGGCUUGACACCUCUCCAUGUGGCCUCCUUCAUGGGGCAUCUGCCCAUCGUGAAGAACCUUCUACAGCGCGAAGCAUCACCCAAUGUCUCCAACGUGAAAGUGGAGACGCCGCUGCAUAUGGCAGCCAGAGCAGGACACACGGAAGUAGCCAAAUAUUUGCUCCAGAACAAAGCCAAAGUCAAUGCCAAGGCCAAGGAUGACCAGACCCCACUUUACUGCGCGGCUCGCAUUGGUCACGUAAACAUGGUGAAACUUCUGCUAGAAAAUAACGCCAAUCCCAACCUGGCCACCACUGCCGGGCACACUCCCCUGCACAUCGCAGCCCGGGAGGGCCAUGUGGAGACGGCCCUGGCCCUUCUGGAAAAGGAAGCAUCCCAGGCAUGCAUGACCAAGAAAGGAUUUACCCCUCUCCAUGUGGCAGCUAAGUAUGGGAAGGUUAGAGUGGCCGAGCUGCUGCUGGAACGGGACGCACACCCCAACGCUGCGGGAAAAAAUGGCUUGACCCCCCUGCACGUGGCCGUCCAUCACAACCACCUGGACAUCGUCCGGCUGUUGCUUCCCCGGGGCGGCUCCCCGCACAGCCCGGCUUGGAAUGGCUACACCCCUUUGCACAUUGCAGCCAAGCAGAACCAGAUGGAGGUGGCCCGCAGUCUGCUGCAGUAUGGGGGGUCGGCGAACGCCGAGUCGGUGCAAGGCGUGACCCCCCUCCACCUGGCCGCCCAGGAGGGUCACGCAGAGAUGGUGGCUCUUCUACUUUCGAAACAAGCCAAUGGCAAUCUGGGGAACAAGAGUGGACUCACCCCCCUCCAUCUGGUAGCACAAGAAGGCCACGUUCCAGUGGCAGAUGUGCUAAUCAAACACGGUGUCACAGUGGACGCCACCACCCGGAUGGGUUAUACUCCACUCCACGUGGCCAGUCAUUAUGGAAAUAUCAAGCUGGUGAAGUUUCUGCUACAGCACCAGGCAGACGUCAAUGCCAAAACUAAGCAAGGAUACAGUCCUUUGCACCAGGCGGCCCAGCAAGGACAUACAGACAUUGUGACACUGCUUCUCAAAAAUGGUGCUUCCCCAAACGAGGUCAGCUCGAAUGGAACCACACCUCUGGCAAUAGCCAAGCGCUUGGGCUACAUUUCUGUCACAGACGUGCUCAAGGUUGUCACGGAUGAGCCCAGUUUUGUGUUAACCAGUGACAAGCAUCGGCUGAGUUUCCCUGAGACGGUAGAUGAGAUCCUGGAUGUCUCUGAAGAUGAAGGAACUGCUCAUAUAACUAUAAUGGGGGAAGAACUCAUCUCCAAGGCUGAGAGGCAGGAUUCCAGGGAUAUAGACGAAGAGAAGGAGCUGCUGGACUUCGUGCCGAAGCUGGACCAAGUGGUAGAAUCACCAGCCAUCCCUAAGAUCCCUUGUGUCACACCUGAGACUGUGGUGAUCAGAGCGGAAGAGCCGGAACAGGCGUCUAAGGAAUAUGACGAAGACUCACUCAUCCCCAGCAGCCCUGCCACAGAGACCUCAGACAACAUCAGCCCCGUGGCCAGCCCCGUCCACACAGGGUUCCUGGUGAGCUUCAUGGUGGACGCCCGAGGAGGCUCCAUGCGGGGGAGUCGCCACAACGGCCUGCGGGUGGUGAUCCCCCCCCGGACGUGCGCCGCCCCCACUCGCAUCACCUGCCGCCUGGUCAAGCCCCAGAAGCUGAGCACGCCGCCCCCGCUGGCUGAGGAGGAGGGCCUGGCCAGCAGGAUCAUUGCGCUGGGACCCACGGGGGCCCAGUUCUUAAGCCCCGUGAUCGUGGAGAUCCCCCACUUUGCCUCCCAUGGCCGUGGAGACCGUGAACUCGUGGUGCUGCGCAGUGAAAAUGGCUCUGUGUGGAAGGAACACAGGAGCCGCUACGGAGAGAGCUAUCUGGAUAUGGACCAGAUCCUUAACGGGAUGGACGAAGAGCUGGGUAGUCUGGAGGAGCUGGAGAAGAAGAGGGUCUGUCGCAUCAUCACCACCGACUUCCCUUUGUACUUCGUGAUCAUGUCGCGGCUGUGCCAGGACUAUGACACCAUUGGCCCCGAAGGGGGCUUCCUGAAGAGCAGGCUGGUCCCGCUGGUGCAGGCCACGUUCCCAGAAAAUGCUGUCACCAAGAGAGUGAAGCUGGCUCUGCAGGCCCAGCCUGUGCCAGAUGAGCUGGUCACCAAACUCCUGGGCAACCAGGCCACGUUCAGCCCCAUUGUCACUGUGGAGCCUCGGCGCCGGAAGUUCUACCGUCCCAUUGGGCUUCGGAUCCCACUCCCUCCUUCCUGGACGGACAACCCGAGGGACAGCGGGGAGGGGGACACCACCAGCCUGCGCCUGCUCUGCAGUGUCACUGGAGGAACAGACCAAGCCCAGUGGGAAGACAUAACAGGGACCACCAAGCUUGUGUAUGCCAACGAGUGUGCUGCCUUCACCACCAACGUCUCUGCCAGGUUCUGGCUGUCCGACUGUCCUCGGACUGCCGAAGCUGUGAACUUCGCCACUCUGCUGUACAAGGAGCUCACUGCCGUGCCCUACAUGGCCAAGUUCGUCAUUUUCGCCAAGAUGAAUGACCCCCGUGAGGGGCGUCUGCGCUGCUACUGCAUGACAGACGAUAAAGUGGACAAGACCCUGGAGCAGCACGAGAACUUCGUCGAGGUCGCUCGGAGCAGGGACAUAGAGGUUCUGGAAGGAAUGCCUCUUUUCGCAGAGCUCUUUGGGAACCUGGUACCCGUCAGAAAGGCUGCCCAGCAGCGGAGUUUCCAGUUCCAGUCGUUUCGGGAGAACCGCUUGGCCAUACCGGUGAAGGUGAGGGAUGGCAGCCGAGAGCCAGCAGGGUCCUUGUCGUUUCUACGCAAGGCCAUGAAGUAUGAGGAUGCCCAGCACAUUCUCUGCCACUUGAACAUCACCAUGCCCCCCUGCACGAAGGUGAGCAGUGCCGAUGAGAGGAGAAGGACUCUGACGCCGCUGGCCCUGAGAUACAGCAUCCUCAGCGAACCCUCCCUGGGUUCCCUCAGUGGGACAGACCGAGCAAAUAUGAAGAUGGCUAUUAUAUCAGAACACCUCGGCCUCAGCUGGGCGGAGUUGGCUCGGGAGCUGCAGUUCAGUGUGGAAGACAUCAACAGGAUCCGCGUGGAAAACCCCAACUCCUUGUUGGAGCAGAGUGUAGCCUUGUUGAACCUCUGGGUCAUCCGUGAAGGCAAAAACGCAAACAUGGAGAAUCUGUACGCAGCCCUGCGGAACAUUGACCGCAGCGAGAUCGUGAACAUGCUGGAAGGCUCGGGCAGGCAGGGCCGCAAUCUGAAACCUGAGCGGCGGCACGGGGACCGGGACUACUCUUCGUCACCCUCCCAGAUGAAUGGUUACUCCUCGCUGCAGGACGAACUGCUGUCCCCCGCCUCCCUGCACUACGCGCUUCCCUCUCCGCUGCGCGCAGACCAGUACUGGAACGAGGUGGCCGUCAUAGACGCCAUCCCCUUGGCGGCCACGGAGCAUGACGCCAUGCUGGAGAUGUCUGACAUGCAGGUGUGGUCCGCAGGCCUCACACCCUCCCUGGUCACUGCUGAGGACUCCUCUCUGGAGUGCAGCAAGGCCGAGGACUCUGACGCCACCGGCCAUGAGUGGAAGCCGGAGGGGGUGCUCUCCGAGGGACCCCAGGGCCCCACGCUGGGCUCUCUGGACCUUGUGGAGGACGACACAGUGGAUUCAGAUGCCAUAAAUGGCCUUAUCGAUUUGCUUGACCAGGAGGAAGGUCAGAGGUCAGAAGAGAAGCUGCCAGGUCACGAGAGGCAGGAGGACGCCCCAGGUGCAGGGCAGGACUCAGAGAAUCAAGUGUCUCUUGUUGCAGGCCAGCAGAGGGUGCAAGCCCACAUCACAGAAUCCCCCAGCGUGAGUCGGGUGAUGGAGAUGAGCCAGGACAGACUACAACACUGGGAUGAGGAAGGCUCCAUUGUCUCAUACCUACAAGACACUGCCCGAAGUUCCUGGCCAGAGGAGGUCACCCAAGGCCCACACUCCUUCCAGAGUACCGUCACCACCAUCCAAGAGCUGGAGCCCAGUGGGUCGCACAAGCAUGAGAAGGUCCUGGUGUCAGCAGCUGAGCACGUCUGGGAAGGGCAGCCAGAGGCUGAGAGCAGGGCACGGAGACGACAGAGUCACCAAGAGUGGGUGCAGGAGGCUCAGAGCACCUUCUCCCUGAUGGCAGAGGGGAGUGAGUUCCAGAAUAUUCCAGGGGAGCAGGUGACAGAGGAACAAUUCACAGAUGAGCAGGGCAACAUUGUCACCAAGAAGAUCAUCCGCAAAGUCGUUCGGCAGAUAGACUCGUCCGGCGUGGAGGCCAGCCAGGAACACGAGGAGGUGAUUGCUGAGGGGCCCCUGGAGGACCCCAGGGAGAUGGAAGCUGAUGUUGAUUCCUUUAUGAGACACGUGCAGGUGGAGCUGCGAGGGAGUAGCCUGCAGCCGGACCUGAUAGAGAGCAGGAAGGGGGCUCAGAUAGUGAAGCGGGCCAGCCUAAAACGGGGGAAGCAGUGAUCUCUAGCCCUUCCCCUCCAAUGGCCUCUUGGGAGGAUCACACCUCGACACCCAACCCUUGAACUCCACACACUCUGCCAUGCACACGGGAGGAGAGCUGGAGCGGAGGGCUUGGAAGUGGCGCAUCUGUUCCUCUAGGCUAACGGCAUGAUCUCUGUAAGGGACUUCCUUUAGUCUCCUAUUCGCAUGAACGACUGACUGUAGACGCAUGACCUACAGUCCUCAAUCCUGCCUCUAGCAACGAUGGAUCUCUGUUGGGAAUCAGGACAAACGCCUCAAGAAGGGGGGUGGGGAGAGAGAGGGAUAGAAAACCAGCACGGGAGAGCGCGUGAACGCGAAAGUGAACAAGGGCUCUUUUUGUGCUUGGGGAUGAUCUAUUUUUAAAAAUCAUUUUAAUUUUGACUUGUUACAGGGUACUUUGUUUUCAACCUCAUCUGUAGGAAAUCCAUGUGGGUUUCCUGGAAAGGAAAAAAAAAAAAAAAGAAAA